UCGUUUCAGGUUUACACGUGAUAUGACCCAGUCCCGCGAGGUUUUGGCGAUGAUGGACGCACACACAACAACGUUCGGACGUAAAAGAGGCUGCACAGUCUCACCUUGCGGCGCUUUCCUUUUUGGUGCUGCCUUCCUUAUAUCUUUGGUCGUGACCGGGCUUCUGGUCUAUCAUCUUGCGCCAUGUCUCGAGGAAAAGCUCGUUAAACCAUGCGGUGAUUUCAGUAAUUCAGUAUUUGGGGGUCGUGGUCUGUUUAAUAAGGACACGUAUAACAAGAAAAAAUUGGACGUCCGAUUACCAAGAUCUGUGGUGCCAGAUUCGUACGAGUUGCGGCUAAUACCGUUCCUACAAGUUGGGAAUUUUACUUUCCAUGGCGAGGUAAAAAUUCUAGUGAAUGUUACGGAAGACACGAAAAAUGUGACGCUGCAUGCGGUGGAUAUGCAUAUUAAUGAAAGUUUCACGAAUAUCAAGGAGUAUUCGGAAACCAAGAAAGUGGAGAAGAUAAUCAAAAUCGUGGAGCAGAAAAACGACACUGAACGGCAGUUUUACGUGAUUAGGACGUUGGACACGUUGAAGAGUGGCAAGCAAUACGUGGUGCAUCUAAAGUUUGUUGGUUAUCUGAAUGACUACUUGCAAGGCUUCUAUAGAAGCUCGUAUACUGUUGGCAGUCAGACGAGAUGGAUCGCCACGUCACAAUUCCAGCCAACAGAUGCGCGACGUGCUUUUCCGUGCUUCGAUGAACCAGCGCUGAAAGCCACGUUCAAGAUCAGCAUUGCACGACCAAAGAACAUGUCAUCCAUCUCGAACAUGCCUAGAAUGGGGGAGCCUAUGCCAGUGCCCGGCUUAUCAACACACGUGUGGGACCAUUAUGAACGUUCGGUGCCGAUGUCCACUUACCUGGUUGCUUUUAUUGUUUCGGAUUUCGAGGUGCUGAAAUCCGAAUCUGGACACUUUAGAGUUUGGGCACGGAUCGACGCUAUCGAGCAAGCACGCUACACUUUAGACAUUGGCCCGAGAAUACUCGAAUAUUACGAAGACUAUUUCAAGAUUAAGUUUCCCUUGCCCAAGAUGGAUACUAUUGCACUACCUGAUUUUUCAGCAGGAGCUAUGGAAAACUGGGGUUUAAUCACUUGCAGAGAAACUGCUAUGCUAUAUCAAGAAGGCGUCUCGACCAGCAGUAAUCAGCAACGUGUAGCAACUGUAAUAUCUCACGAACUUGCUCAUCAGUGGUUUGGUAACUUGGUCACUCCAAGUUGGUGGUCGGAUCUUUGGUUGAACGAAGGCUUUGCCAGUUAUGUAGAAUAUAUCGGUGUGAAUGCAGUGGAACCAACUUGGAAGGUUUUGGAACAAUUCGUUGUACAUGAUCUGCAAGAUGUUUUUAGUUUAGACGCGUUAGAAUCUUCACAUCAGAUAUCGGUCGAAGUCGAACAUCCCGAUGAGAUUAGUGAAAUUUUCGACAGAAUUUCUUACGAAAAAGGCGCUUCUAUAAUAAGAAUGAUGGAUCAUUUUCUUACUAACAAAGUGUUCAAGCAAGGUCUAACGAAUUAUUUGAAUGGAAAAGCGUAUCAAAGUGCCGAGCAGAAUGAUUUAUGGGAUGCUUUAACAAAACAGGCGCACAAAGACAACGUUCUCGAUCCAACGAUAACGAUAAAGCAAAUUAUGGAUACCUGGACUCUCCAGACUGGUUUUCCAGUGGUGACAGUUAUUCGAGAUUAUAACACUGGUUCGGCGACAUUAACGCAGGACCGUUUUAUGCUUCGUAAUGGUACUAUGGUGACCACAUCUAGUGUUGAACCACUAUGGUGGAUACCAAUCACAUAUACGACUGAAAGUCAAUUAAAUUUCAAUACAACUCAACCUUCUCAAUGGAUGAAAGCAGAAAAAUCGAUUACGCUAUCGAAUUUGAACUGGAACUUCUCAGAGUGGGUAAUUUUGAAUAUCCAAGAAACUGGAUACUACAGAGUGAAUUACGACAGGAAAAAUUGGCAAUUGAUAAUCAAACAACUGAACAAGGAUUCCUUUAAAAAUAUUUCAACGAUCAAUCGUGCUCAGUUAAUAGAUGAUGCGCUUAAUUUGGCCAGAGCCGGAAGACUAGAUUACGCUAUUGCGUUGGAUGUCACAUCGUAUUUAGCUCACGAAACUGAGUACUUACCUUGGAAGGCUGCUUUCACUGCCAUGGAUUAUUUGGAUAGCAUGCUAAUCAAAAUGCCUAGUUACGACAAAUUUCGGGUAUACAUUUUGAAGCUACUCGACAACGUGUACAGACAAGUUGGUUUUAAGGAUAGUUCUCGGGAUCCUCAGUUGACAGUUUUCACCCGGGUCGAUGUGCUAACAUGGGCAUGUAAUUACGGCCAUGAUGAUUGUGUGCAAAAUGCAGUCAGACAGUUCUAUAAUUGGCGUAAUACGCCUAGUCCGGAUAAAAAUAAUCCGAUCUCGCCAAAUCUGAAAAUGGUCGUCUACUGUACGGCUAUUCGAUUUGGUGGACAAAUUGAAUGGGACUUUGCUUGGCAAAGAUACUUAGAAACCAAUGUCGGUUCUGAGAAGGAUUUACUUCUGCACUCUCUUGGUUGUACAAGAGAAACUUGGCUUUUAAGUCGUUAUUUGGAUUGGAUGGUUACGGAAAAUUCGGGUAUCAGGAAGCAAGAUGCAGGACGUGUUCUAAAUUCUAUUGCUAGCAACUCUAUUGGACAACCGCUAGCGUUUAAUUUCCUCAGAAAUAAAUGGGAUCGUCUCCGAGAAUACUUCGGAACAUCAUUAAUGACGAUGAACAAUAUAGUAAAAUCAGCAACCAGAAGUAUUAACACCUAUAAUGACCUUAAAGAUCUGGUGGAAUUUACUAAUGAACACAUGGGGGAGUUUGGAAGUGCAACGAGGUCAAUGCAACAAUCGAUAGAACAAGCUGAAGCGAACAUACGAUGGGUAGAAGCCAAUCACAUUACGAUUCAAGAUUGGCUAAAAAGGAAUACCGCGUAACGAUAAAACGAAGCGGAUUGGUGUGACAUGAAUAAUUAUAAUAUACGCGCGUUGUCCAAUGGAGCAAUUAAAAUUGUCGAAACGAGGACUCCAUCCUCAUGCGUGGAAAUAUUUCAAAACUUUGUUCGAUUAUUCUAAAGCAUUUUACUCGCACGAAAAAAAUCGCUUUGUCGUUAUGGUUAAACGUAAACCACAAAAAACGACCUAUAUCUGAAAUUUAUGAAACAAGUAUUAAGUGUUUUGCGUGAUUUUGUAAAUAGGUGUUAAGUAUUAAGGUAUGUAUGUAUAAUGGAAUAUUUAGGUAUUUGGAUAGAAGAGAUUGUCCAUGUUUUAGUUUUUUACGUAAAUUCGCGUAUAUUAAUAAUUUAUAUAUUCUCUUCAGAUUAUUUAACGGAUAAUUUGGAUUAUUUUUCCUUGUAAGACUUCAAUGUAUCUUUAGUAAUAGUUUGUUUCAUUAAAUUAGUCUGAACCUCUACAUGUGAUUUAAAAGUAACAUCAUUUAUGCAUACAUACAUAUCUACAGUAUUCGACGAUAUGAGCAUCACGGAAGUAUUUAAACACUUAACAUAGAAAAUUUUUAUAAAUGUACUAUGUAUUUUAUACGAUACUUUUCGAAAUUUCAUUAUAUUACAAUAAGAUACGAUUAUUGUAAUGAUAUUGGUAAGAUGUGAAACCAAUCUGAAAAUGUAUAUAGAGAUUGCAACAUUUUUAUUGCAAACAAACAUUUAAUAAUAAUUUAGCAUAAAGCAAUAAUGGUCUUGAACAUAAUAAUUAAUGUUCAUAAUGAUUUUACUAAUUUCACUCGUUAUAACUUACAAGUAACGUAAUGAAUGAUUAAUUGUUCAAAUACUUUUAUGAUUUUUGCGAUGUGUAUGCUUGUAUAAAAAUUUUGUAACUUCUGUAUACACAUGAUUUCAGAUACCUUCUGCAUUUUAUCAAUAUAAUUAUGAUUGCGCAGUGUCUUAUUGCAUUGUUAAUAAAAUUGUAUUGUUAAAUUGUUUUGUAUUACAUACACAAUAGAAGCUUUCUAUGAUAAAUAUUUAAUAUUCUAUGCUAAAUACUUUCGUGAACUGUUUGUUUGUUAAACCUAACUGCAUAUUAAAUACUAGUAUUGGAAGCCUA